ACAUCAGCAGCCGACAUGUGGGCUAAUUUUACUCCAGCCCACGUGUCAAUCCCUCGAACAGAAGCUGCCGCCCGUAUCGCGGUCGCACCACAUGUGGACCAGCGUACCAGAACAGGAACCCCAACCCAACCGCCCGUGCCCGGCUUUCCUUUGUCUGCCCCGUCCCCCACCUCGUCUAGAUUCCUUCCCUUCCCCCACGGCCGCGACGCGAGGUUCCAGAAGAGGCUGGUGCGGCCUAAUCCGCGGGUCGCUGCGGUAAUCAAUCGGCGGUCAAUAAUGCUGAAGGAGUUCGUCGACAACGUCAUCGCCGUCAUCAAGGAAUCUGUGAAGACAGUCACGUAUGAGUCACUGAACAAUAUUGCAAGGUUCAUAAAUGGAAUAUCAGCACUAUUACUGACUCUACUACCUGGAAAAGGCAACAUUUUAGAUGGCAUCAGUGGCUGGGAACUUAAGCCAGCACUCCGUGGGCCACGUCUUCCUCGAUGGAUGGAAAGUGGGGUCUCUUCCUUUAAUGACUUCAUACAUGAACUUUCUGUCGAUUCUGAUACUGAAUCAGUUGCUGACUCUAUCCCUGGGGAUGACGACAAUGAAGAGUCCAUCUGUCCUCCCUCACCGUUGUCCCAAAGUUCACGAUUAUCACAUGCAAGCAGCUUUGGUAGACGUGAUCGUCGAUUGAGAAGACAUAUCAGAUAUGUGGUUUCCUGGAUUCUUUGGCCAUUGAGAUUCUUCCUAUCUUUGCUGUUCAUUUUGUUCAAUGCUAUCAAAUUUCGGAUAGUAAGGACAUCUGCUAAAGGAGCAGAAAGUCCUCAUCUUUCAAGAACUGGUCCUGCCAAGAAAUCAUUUCAUAUAAGGGACCAGUUCCUUCAACGUGCGACCGAUAGGAGGCGUGGAGUUUUUGAGGAUCUCCAUCUGGCAAUCGAGAUUUUCAUCGAAUCAGUCUUUGACAUUGUUCACAAAGGAGCACAUUAUGUUCUUUCUCCUUCAGAAGUGUGGCAGAAGUUAUUUUGCUGGAUUCAUGGAAGUGGUCCUGAUAGUUCUGUUGUUGAUGUUCCAACAGCUAAUGUUGGCAGUGAUAAUCCAGUUCCAACUGAAAGGAAGACUGUGUAUCGUCAACCGUUCAACACAGAUUCCCGGACUUGUGAAGAUGUCAUAACUGAGCUUGGGUAUCCUUUUGAGGCUAUAAAAGUAGUUACUUCAGACGGAUAUGUUCUACUACUGGAGAGAAUUCCAAGGCGUGAUUCACGGAAGGUUGUAUUGUUUCAACAUGGGAUAUUGGACUCAUCUAUGGGUUGGGUGUCAAAUGGUGUUGUUGGCUCACCAACAUUUGCAGCUUACGAUCAAGGUUAUGAUGUUUUUCUUGGAAAUCUCCGUGGCUUGGUCUCGAGAGAGCAUAUAGAUAAAAAUAUUUCUUCCUACAAGUACUGGAAAUAUUCUGUUAAUGAGCACGGAACCAAAGAUAUGCCAGCAAUAAUUGAGGAAAUUCACAAGAUUAAAACUUCAGAACUUGGCAAAAGUUGGCUUUUAUCAAGAAAGGAAACAGAAGAUCAAAACGAUAAGAUAAAGAAUUUGGAAGUACAGGCUUCACAGGAAGAUGGGACAGAAGAUCAACCCUACAAGCUUUGUGCUGUAUGCCAUAGCCUGGGUGGUGCGGUGAUGCUGAUGUAUGUGGUGACAUCAAGGAUUGCACAGAAGCCCCACAGGUUGUCAAGAUUGGUCUUGUUAUCUCCUGCAGGUUUUCACGAGGAUUCCAAUGUGGUGUUCAGUAUGGUAGAGAAGCUCAUUCUGUUUGUUGGUCCAUUUCUUGCUCCACUUAUACCCGGGCUUUACAUACCAACUCGAUUCUUUAGGAUGCUUCUGAACAAAUUAGCCAGGGAUUUCCACAACUAUCCAGCUUUGGGUGGUCUAGUCCAAACCUUUAUGGGCUAUAUCGUUGGUGGUGACAGUUCAAAUUGGGUGGGAGUACUCGGCCUGCCCCACUACAACAUGGAUGACAUGCCUGGUGUAUCAUUUCAUGUUGCUCUUCACCUCGCGCAGAUAAAGAGGGCGAAAAGGUUCCAGAUGUAUGAUUAUGGAAGCCCUGCAGCAAAUGUGGAAGCGUAUGGAACGCCAGAACCAUUGGACCUGGGAGCCCAUUAUGGUCUCAUUGACAUCCCUGUGGAUUUAGUCGCUGGGCAAAGGGACAGAGUCAUCUCACCAUCCAUGGUAAAGAAGCACUACAAACUGAUGCGGAAGGCUGGUGUGGAGGUCUCGUACAAUGAAUUUGAGUAUGCUCACUUGGAUUUCACAUUCUCACACAGGGAGGAGCUUUUGUCUUACGUCAUGUCCCGCCUACUCUUAGUAAGUGACCUGGGUAAAGGCCGCAUCAAGCAGACCACCAUGCGUCUCAGGAAGCCGAAGAAAGUUCAGUCAGAAAUUGAGGCUGGUUGUGACAACAUGGAGCAUCGAGGAGUAGGCAAAAGAGCCCAAUGAACAUUGAGUUCUGCAUAAUGUGAGUAUGCUGGUUGGAAGGUGUUGUAUGUAAGUUUGUGAAUAGGAUACCCAUGCCCUCUAUGCUACACCGUGUGGAAGAUUUGAGGACGGAUACAUCGCAGUUUUUAGUGAUAUCGAUGGGGAUCAGUUUUUUGUAUCCCUGUAGUUAACAGUAAACACUCAUAGCUGUUAUAGUGGUGUACUGAUUUUUUAAAGAUCAGUUUUUUGUGAUAUCGAGGACGAGAACAUGGCUUGGCUAAGAUGUAUGUACUUGCUGCAUGUUCUGUUUU